AUGUUUCGGUUGAGGAAUGAUCAGAUAAUACAGUUGGAAGAACGAAAGCAAGAGUCGGGGCAACAGGUGCGAGUUCUUGAGAAUGCUGCCUUGCGAGCUGGAGACGAAAUGCGCACCAGUUCUGCCUCACUGGCCCAAGGUGAUGCUGAGUUGGUUGAGCUGCGUGAGGCUCUUGCUGCUUCCCAAGCCGCACACACUGCGGCGACAAAACGCAGCGAGGAGAUUCGUGCUGAAUUGCUGGGUACUGUUGAAGAACAGCAACAGGAAUCCGAUCGCACUCUGUGCCAGAAGGAAAAACAGAUCGGAGUCCUGCAAGAGAGUCUCAGCUCCUUGCAAAAGGAAUCCGACAAGAGUUCAAAGCAAAAUGUACGGUUGAAGACACCUCAGAAAACUCCCAAGAGUAUACUUGAACAACCUGGUUCUGAGUGCAAACGACGUCGAGUGUGUCUAAUUUCGCCAGAAAGAACUUCAGAAGUAGAGGAUACUCAAGAGGGGCGAAAACCGAAAGGUCUCAUUUUGAUUCAAUGGGAACAGUGGAUCUGGGGAUGCAACACCUGA